CAAGGAUCAAAGUGACAUCUCUUUGAACUUUGGUGAAAGGAAACCAGAGUCCUCAGAUCAAACAGCAAAUCGAUCAUUUUCUACGAGGACAGGAACUUCAUGGGUCGUUCCUAUGAGUGCAGCAGUGACUGCUCCGACAUGUCCUCCUACCUGAGCCGCUGUCACUCGUGCAGGGUGGAGAGCGGAUGCUGGAUGGUGUACGAUCGGCCCAACUUUAUGGGAAACCAGUUCUUCAUCAGGAGGGGCGAGUACCCCGACUACAUGAGCGCGUGGGGCUGGGGCAACAACUGCAUCAGGUCCUGCCGCAUGAUCCCCAUGUACAGGGGCGCCUACAGGAUGAAGAUCUAUGAGAGAGAGAACUUCCUGGGCCAGAUGAUGGAAAUAAGUGAUGAUUGUGACUCCAUCAUGGAUCGCUACCGCUGGUCCGGCGGAUGCCACUCAUGCCACGUGACAGACGGCCACUGGCUCAUGUACGAGCAGCCCCACUACAGAGGCAGGAUGUGGUACUUUAGACCUGGAGAGUACCGUAGCUUCAGGGACUUCGGCAACACGAAUUUCAUGAGCAUGAGGCGCAUUAUGGAUUCCUGGCAUUGAAAACUUCUAAUGUAAAAAUCAAACAAUAAUUUGA